CUUAAUUACAUUCAAACUUACAAAACGCGCCUAUUGGCAGUUUAAGAAUUGUAAAUAAAGAUGCGUAAAGGCGCGCAUCUUCCGCGCACUUCCCGGGUCAAUGAAAAAAUAAUAGAAUAUUACUUGAAAUUCGGACAGGAACGGGAUCUGGAAAAAUAUAUGCGCCUUUAUUCGCCAUGCGAACAUCGUAGUGAUAGCAGAAGCCGCAGCACAACAACCGUCAGCAGUUGUCACAGUGAAGAUGAAGGACGCGUAUUCAGACGAAUGUUUAAUCAAGAUACGGAGUCCACAACCGAAAGCGAUUCCGAAACAAAAGAAUUUAUUGUUCCAAUUGAAAUGCAAACUGAAAAAAAUACCGAAAAACGUAUGAAACCCAAAGGAGAUGAAUGCACAUCAUCUGCCCCUGACUUGCACACCCCACCACCAGCUAGCCAUAAAAGUGCGCACACAAAACAAACGCAGACUCCUGACUCGGUAGCAAAGUCACACAGACGGCUCGAAUGGGAUUCAUUGGGGGAUGUGGGCUAUAAGAAAUCUAAAUCAACCAGCAACAUAAGCAUUUUGGAGCGAUCUGUAUUAAAGGAAUAUUUUCAAGAAAUUUCAUGCAUCAGCGGCUCGAAAAAAGGUGUCAACAUUACUGAUGAAGAAAUCAGAAAAUCUAAGCCAGAUAAACAACAAAAAGCACACAAAUCAGAAAAGUCGACGGAAAAACAUGCAUCUAUCCGAAGCACACCACCUCUAGCUUCUAGCACAAUGAUGGAUACUAUGAGUUGUGACAAUAGUGCCAAGGCAGCAUCACGACACAAAGUCGUGUCCAAAAGCACUUCAAUGUCACUACAAAAGAGAAGCGAUCAAUAUGCGCAAACCUCAGUGCAAAAGCUUCCGCAGUUAACGUCCAAAGAAGUACAAGUAACUCUUUCGUCUACUGCAUCCGGCACAUCUUCCAACGCUGCUGGCACUGCAACGCCCAGUAGCUUCGAUUACUAUUCCUCCCGUUCAACACAUUCCACAACAGACGGCGAAGUUGCUGUUCAAAAAGUCUCAUUGCAUAGCGAGUCUAAGAAGUCAACGAAAGACAAGGAGCAGCCAAAGUAUGUGCAUCCUUUCAUCGCAGGAAUUCAUGAAAUGCUGGCGUCCAAUAAAGUGCAUGGCUCAAGAAAGAACAGCAAUUCGAUAAAUGCUGAAGCAACGAGUCUCCAACAAAUACACGACACCAUAAAAGAAGUAUUUAGCGAGAAUAAGGAAAAUACCACAGCUUCUUCUUCGUUGUUAAGCUCACCCCAAUUAGAUUUGGGUAUACAACUGCUGUGUUCACUGAUAGAUGCUCGUAGCUUAAAUCAGCGGCAAAAGAAAAAACUUGUGCGUGAUAUCGUAAAACGUAUAUCAACUCUCAAUAUAGAUACGGAUAAUGACAAAGGUAUAACCGCUCCGGGCAGUUACGUUGCAUCAACGCAAUCAAGUGCAAGUAAGUCUCAUAAUGCGUGCGAACCAAAUAUGGAGGCAACACUCAAAUCAACGUCUACUGUUACGGUUGCGCGGACAGCAAAAGCUUCAGCAGAUAUGAGCGGUUUAGGUCGUGAUCAGGCUUCUGAUACAAGUAGCGACGAGGUUGACGAAAAACUUGUUCAUGUAGAUGUCAUUAAGAAACCAUCACCGCCAACAACCUCCGCCAAAGCAUUGGAAAAACUUGCCAAAGAAAAAACCAAGGAUGUACAACUACAAGCAAAGCCUGUGCGCGUGCGCGCAGGAGCCGACGAUAAAAAUGAAAAUGUGCCAAGACUGACAGAUAUUGUAGCUAAUAACAUAAAUAGAAACUUAGACAAAUCAGAAAAACAAAUACAUCCGCAGACAGGUGAGCAAUUUACGUUGGAUAUCCACUCAGACAAGAACUCGUCGGCAUCUAAAACUAGCACAACAACAUCCAAAGAUAUUACAACACAAAAGGCGCUUCUUAAAAGGGAAACUGUGGGUGCGUCAGACACAGAUAUGGAUGAAAUAGCUCAUUCGACAAUGCGCGAAUGGCUGAAUCCCAUGACACAGUCUGAAAUUGAAUACGAAGAAAAAAAGUUGGAAUUUGCACGCAAUGCCGCUAAGAGAGACAAAAUAAUGAAAUGCUUGGAUACCGAUAAAAUGGACUCCGAACGAAGAACCCAAUUGAAGUGGAUACAAUCGGAAAUUGAACGACUGGAAACUUUGCGCUGUCUAUUAUCCAAAUCGAAUAUGGAGCGGAGUCAAGAAGCGGAAAGUACGCAUUUGGAAAAGAAUGGCACAACUGCACAAAAAGUAGAUAAGCUAUACGACACGGUCUUUUCGGACCAACAGUCAUCAUCCGCGACACCCACCGCUCCUAGCAGUGGUGAUAAACAACCGAUGCAGGAAAUCGAAGUGAUAAUUGAAGAAUCAAACGAAGAUGUAAUAGAAUUAGAUGAGAAAUUAAAACGUUCCAAACAACGGAGACGUGAAACCCAAAUCGUUUAUGAUAAGCCCACAGAGGCGACAAAUAUUUAUGACAAUUUAGUGGCUGGUAAAGCACGUUUUCGUACUAUGAAAGAAACAGUUACCACUAACGAAGAACAAAUUUUGCCACCCGCAGCUGAUGCGUCUAAUAUGCCAACACCAUCGGCAUCACCACCGAAGCAACUGUCCACUGCCAAACCACGCCAGCAGCAGCGUUCCAAAAUUGAUACACCCUCCGGUGACAGUAAUGACGGCGAGAGUGUUGGCUCGUUUGCACAGCAACGCAAACGCGAAUUUUUAGAGCAAUACCGCAUCAAGAAACGCAUUCAUUACGAAUCGCUGCUACAUCAACAACAACAGUUGCUAAUUCAACAGCAACAGCAGAUUAUUCAAGAAUUGCAGCAACGCUGCAAUGUAAUUUCGCAUACCACCGCUACAAAUGCGCCAGUUGGCCACUAUUCAAUGCCACAUAACACACACAAUGCCUACUGUAGGUGUGUCUCAGAUCAGCGCCCAUACCACCAAGCAUACUGCCAACAGCAGCGCAAUAAUAUGGGCAGAAGACAACCACAAACGAAUUUUACAGGGCCACAACACACACAACCGCAUUGCCCACCAUGUCCGCCGUGUCCACCGCGCACACAAACUCACCAGAGUGGUGCAGUCAACUAUGCUCAAAAAACACAAACCAUUCACAGCGAACAAUCAACCUCGUCCAUAUUUUGUAUUUCUUCGGAAGUCUCAAUACCAAUGGGCACAACCAGCACCUCAAGUUCAACAACCACAACUACACAUCAGUAUGAUGACGUCGCUGCUGUAGGCGCGGGUAUUGCAGGAGUUGGCAUACAAACUGGAGCCUCUUUACGUCGUACACAACCGGUGUUCGGUAGACGUUUACACUAUGACUACAACCAAUCGAUGAAUGCACGAAACUGGGCUACCUAUGAUCCACAACCGGCUUGUUCGGGUCAAUCGAUUAGUGUGCAGGUAAAACCGAAAGCCAUAGCUUAUGUUAUACAAUUCGAUAAGAAAACAACGACGUCCACUACUACCACAAUAAACACGGUCACAUCCUCGUCGAACACCAAUUCCGAUUCGAAACCGAGUGACGAGCGCAAUGAGUUGAGGGAUGACGAACGACAGCCAUGCGCGCUGCAAGAUUACUUAGAACGUGCCAAUCCGAAAUUCGUUGCUCAAACAAAGGAACGCAAAGCUAUACUUAAUCAGAUACAAGCGCUACGCCUAGAACGAGAGAGAGAGUUAAGAGAUAUAGUUGAGAACGCAAGUGAAAAUUCGUUGGACACAAAAUUGCAACGUCUACCACCGCCCGCUACAAAACGUUUACGCAUUUUCGCCACUAAAGAAAUGAAGGCGAUGACACAGCGACAUUGCAAAAAUUUGCCUGAGGUCGUGAAGCAGCAAGAACGUGCACGCGAAGAACGGCGCCGGCAUGGAAAUCGUUUAAUCAGAGAUAUUUUCAAUCAGCGUUUACAGCGACGUGCGCGCACUGGGAAGUUAUCGUUAAACCACAGUAAGACAGUCAUUUAAAGGAGCUAUGAACUAAUGUUGAAGAGGAGGAGCACCUUGUUUUUUUGCAGACAA